AUGAUACCUAUCAGGAGGAAAGAUUGCGUUGGCAGUGGCGCUAAAGCAAAUGUCCACAAAGCCAACGAAACUAUUGUUGUCAAAGUUCCUAAUUCCAGCACCAUCGCUGAGGGAAACAGCCCCUUUACACAAGAAGCUAAAUUUUACAACUGUGUGCUCGGAGAGAAAGAGAGAUGCCCAGAUAUUGUCGAAUGCUUCAUUGCAUCACCGGACUUCAUUUUCCUUUCAUACUGCUGCAAUAGUACUCUCGCACACCGCUUAUUCAAAUAUCAAGAACGGGAGAUACGUCCAAAUGGUCGUCCAGGAAAACUCAUAGGUGUGAAGGAAUAUGAGGACCCUGCGCUUAUUGCCCGAUGGAUACAACAACUCACUUCCGCGCUUGCUUUCAUGGAGAAGUUGGGAUAUACUCAUAACGACCUACAUCCACGCAACUGCCUUCUUGAUGAGAACCUUAACCUGAAAUUGUCUGACUUUGACCAGGCUACUACUAUCGGGCAAUUUCUUGAGAGCCUGAUGGAGCCAUGGGCUAUUAAGCUUACAUCUGGCCCUCUAAGGAAUACCUAUGGCCUUACGUCAGCUCGCACUGAACAAUUUGCUGUUGGCACCUUCCUUUUCACAAUGGUAUAUGGCCACGAACCAUAUGAGGAUAUCCACCUUGAAGAAGACCCGAUAGAACUGAGACGGCGUUUUAGAGCUUUCGAUUUUCCAGAGCUCAACAGACAUGAGGUUUUUGACGAGUUCAUCUCUGCUUGUUGGCAUAAUGUAUAUCCAAAUAUGGCACUGGUCGCUUAUGAUAUCAAACGCAAGACCAAGGAUAUUGCUUCGCCUCCAAGAAACAAGGCUGUCGACCACCUAAAAGAGAAAAAUGCUUGUAUAGCCUUGAUCCAAGAUAGCUUUGGUUUUAGACAUCUACAUAAGCCCCUCUUUUUUGACUAUAAUAAGCCCCUGCUGAAAAUGAUAUUCUCUCCUACUUCCUCUUUGACUAAUCCCUUCUCCUGCCAUAUGUAUAACAAUUAUACCCAAAAGUUAUUAUUUGGCACAUAUAUAGGAACUAAGUGGAGAUUCAUUGACUAUGAUAAGGCUAUCUUGACUAGGCCAUGUCAUAAAUAUUUAUUGCAAGCUGUUUGGGAUGGUGACGUUCAUGAGAAGAAAGGUUUUUGUCGUUGCAUUCGUGCCGGUCAUGAAAUUCAACCAAAUUCAACCAAAUUUAUAUCCUAG